AUGGAUGUGAUAUCCAUGGCAAGACCGCGGCAUUUCGUGAAGCCUCUCAGCGACGCCCGCUUCGAGUCCCUCAAGGCAUUGCUUGGAGUAAACGAGGAGAUGCAGGAGAUCAGAGAGACCUACGAAAUCCUGGAGUACGAAAGGAUGCACAACAAACUUGGUCUGAGGAUAUGGCAGCGCGCAACGGCGAGGGAGGCGUUAAACCUUCCGAAGACGGCAUCCGUAGGAGGUACAGCUGUUUCAUCAGGAGGAGCCUCGGACGCUGCCAAGCUUGUAAUGAAUGACGACGGCAGCUUGAGCAAUACCAACGCUGAUCCAAAAAGUAAAACGACGUUGCCCAAGAUUGGCACCGCCAGCAACGGCGGCAGUGUCCGUGAUGUCAAGCAAAAUCGAGGCCUUCCAAGCCCCAUGAACUCUGCAGAGCUGCCGUACCACUACGAUGCGUAUAGCAUCUUCAGGGCGAAGGACUCCCACCUGAAGGAGACAAUCCCGACAGUUGAGGCGAUGGAGAUUGCUAGCGCGUUUCCGUGGCAGGUGCGAGGGCGAGUGUGGGACGCCGGCUUCGUGCGAAUGGCUCAAAUAUUAGAGGACUUUGGGCGAGUCCAGGCCCUGAUCAUUGUGUUCAGCCGCAUCGUAGACGUGGACAGAUUCAGCGAGGUGGUUCUCAGCUGCGUGAUGAACGAGGAGAGGCGGGAACUGCAGCAUCGUUUGGGCAUCCUGAACGUCCUGAAUCCCGUCAGGAUCCUCAUUAAGCUCGCGGUCGAGGAACCAGGAGCAAACUGGGACCACGAGACGUACACCCAUGCCCGGGGGACUCCCAACAUCCAAGGAUGGCUUCUCCCCGAGAGCUGGACCCGAGAGGACGAGGACAUGGGGGGAGAUGGGGGGCCCCGUAGAUCUGGUAUCCUCUGCCUGCGCUACAUCACUGAUGCGGUGACGAACCCCAGACGACGGCCGAGAUAA